AUGGCUGAAGUGGUGGAGCUUUCUGCUGUCAACCUAGCUGGGUCCCAGCAUGUUCCUGCCCUUCAGCCCAAGACCCUGGUGUCUGGGGUGGAGGAAUCGAAGUUCCAGACCCCGGUGAGGAAUGGGUUGACCAGCCUCCUCACCUCAGUGCGCUCAGACACAUGUACCACGUUGUUAUGUCCUGUGUUUGUUUUUGUAUCAUGGAUUGAUAAAGCUAUAAGAGGACUCCUAGAAGAAGUUGUGGACUCUUUGCCUGCAGACUUGUUUACUGACAUAAAAGUUUCCCAAUAUUUGGUGUUACUACCCUUUGCCUUCAAACCAGCAUCAAUUAUUUUAGGUACACGUGCACAAAGAUUUAUCCUGGUUCAAAAAUUUGCUGGAUAUAUAUGUGGAGGUACACUUAUUUACAGAUAUCCUAUGCUGAGUAAAUCUGAAACAAAGAAAGUUUUUUUCACAAAAAAUUCCAUAACAUCCAUUAAACAUUCAGAACAUAUUGCUGUAUCUGCAUUCAUCGAUCACAGAAUCAAUAAGGCCAUUCGAGUUAUCAGCAUAAUCAGAAGGGAUAAUCUGCAGCCUCUUUACUGCAUCUACUGUAAUGAUGACCAUGACUGCCAGACUGCUGAGGCUGAAGUCCAGAUACACAGUGACCAUUUUGGCUUUCCAUUUGCAGCUUCAGAUGUGCUGUGUCAUGGCGCGCACACUCAAAUUGCAACAUGUGUAGCCAUUUCAACCAGUGCAAACAUCUCAAAUGUUCACGCUGAAGAUCUCUUGCCCAUAAAGAAUAAAGUGACCCAUGAAUCAUUUAAGUUCAAUUUCACUGUCUGUAUCUCCAACCUUUUUGAAGGCUACAAUAAUGUUCUGCAAUUUGUACAAACAGUGGAAAUGUACAAACUUCUAGGUGUGCAACAUGUAGUGAUCUACAACACGAGCUGUGGCCCUGACCUGGAGAAACUCUUACAGCAUUAUAAGAGGGAAGGAAUAGUAGAGAUUGUUUCAUGGCCUAUUAAUAAAUUCCUUAACCCAUCUAAAGGAUGGAACUUUGUGGAACAUGGUGGAGACCUCCACUAUUAUGGCCAGUUGGUAACACUCAAUGAGUGCAUUUAUAGAAACAUGUAUCAGUCCAGAUAUGUUCUCCUGAAUGACAUUGAUGAGAUCAUCAUGCCUUACAAACAUGCUAACCUUCCAUUACUGAUGGAGGAUCUUCAACAAGAGCACAUAACUGUGGGUGUAUUUCUCAUUGAGAAUCACAUUUUCCCCAAGACACAGUUUGAAGAGACUCAUCGAUUCAGUCGACCAGAAUGGAGAAAUAUAUCUGGCAUCAAUAUUAUGGAACACAUUUAUAGAGAACCAGAUAGAAAAUAUGUCUUCAACCCCAGAAAAAUGAUCAUCAACCCAAGGAGUGUUGUACAAACAUCAGUACACUCAGCCCUGGCACAAUAUGGAGAUGUGUAUUAUGUACCUUUUGAUGUGUGUCGAAUUGUUCAUGUGAGAACACCACUACAGGGGCAUCUUAUCAAAGAGCAACUGUUUGUUGACACAAGGGUGUGGGACUUUGAGGCAGAACUGAUAUCAAAUGUUGAUAAAACUCUACAGGCUUCUGAUUUGAUAUAA